AUUAAUAUGUAACAUUAAGAUCAAGAUCAAGAUCAGUGCGCGGGUUUUCUUAUACAGGUGUGGCUAACUGGUUGUCUUCUGCAUACCGUGGCUGUUAAGAUCGUACAGCAUGGAGAUUAAAGACGAGAUACGAAGUGCUUUCAUGAGGCUCCUCCAUGGAAAGACUGAUGGGGGUGAAGUGAUGACAAUCAAGGAGCACCAGAUCAUCAUCACCCGUGAGCCGUGUCCUGCCGUGCUGCUCAGUGUCAACAAAAACCUUCCUGAAAUACUUCUUGUGCAGAAGUUUACUGAGCACAAGAAGAAAAGCUGCUCCAGCAUCACUAGCAGUGUUUCUUGUAGCUCCCCAGUGACUGUGAGGAAUGGUCAUGCUUCUUCCAUUAAUGGCACAUCUCAUGAUGAUUUGGAUGUGACAGGAUCGCCUCUGAAGUGCCCCUUUGUGCAGACCAAGACUGACUCCAGUGAUUCUCCAUUCACCAUUGUCUUGGACCACUGUGGCAACAAAAACAAAGGCAAAAUAAACCUGACUUACACACCCAUCCCCAGCACUUCAUUAGGUCUCAUUGGCUCAAAGCUCAACUUGAUGCUCAGCAAACUUCAAGAUGUAGAUGAGUUUGUACCUCUGUGGCUUGUCUGUGAUGGAAAAGACCCACAAAAAACACUGUUCAUGAGGAUUCACCGGACAAAGGACACUCACACCCGCACUGUGAUUACUUCAGCAGACCCCUACUACCAUAAAGAUGACCUGCCCCCAAUGGACCACCUCCUGGAGCACCACCUAGCCUUUGGGUCCAUUAAAAGGGUGGACACUGCAGUGGAGGCAACUUACACUGUACUGGCAAGUGAGGAUGAAAUAAGGGGCUCCAGUCUGGGCCUUACUUGCAAAUGGAAAGAAUCCCUCACUCUGUUGAGUCUCCCUGCACCUGAUGCCCAUACUGUUGCUAAUGUACAUGUCAUGUGUGGGGAUCCUCGCAGCCCUGUCCAUCAGAUGUAUCUGGAGCUCAGUGUCCUGCGGGGGUUUGUGAAGGGGCUGGAAACGGGGGAAAUCUUGUGGUAUGUGCUUGAGAACUCCAGCACUGUGACAGAGGAGCUGGAGUUGUUGUUCACCAGCAUCAGAGACAAGGGUCAGGCUUUGAUUGAUUUGUCUUCCUGGCUUGCAUAUGUGAAGGAAUAUUUUUGCUGGUACCUUAUUAUUUCUUCUUUAUUUCAAAUUAUACUUCAUGCUCUUGUUUGGUCUCAUAUGACUGAAGAAGUAACUUGUUGUUGCAGGGUAGGAGGACAGUUUUUUCUUUAUUUCAGACUUAUACUUCAUGUCCUGAUGAGAUGUGUGUCUUACCAGGAGCUGAAGGAUAACCUGAGUCUGGUGUUCAAGGCAGUAGCAGGAGAGGAAGUUCGGCCACAGAUUCACAUCCGUAACACUACACAGGUUGGGUCUUUCUUGCGUAAUUUGAUAAGGGGACAUGGGAGUGUGCCGCAACUUUUAAACCACACACCCUUACUCAUGCUUAUUGAGAUAGGCUAUGAAAAGAUCAAGAGGGACUACAUCCACAUCUUCCAGGCUGGAGAACUUGUAACAGGGGAGCAACUGUUGUCGUUCAUUGGAGACGGAUCAGUGAGCAGUGACAACAUGAUGCUGGCGGUGGAUCAGCUGGAGCGACUUCAUGUGGCCCUGCAGGCAGUAGUGGCAGUGAGGACUUAUCUCAGCCUUCCUUGGGCCUCCAUGUCUCAUUUCUCAAACCAGGUGCUGAACCAGAUGAAGGGCGAGGAACUAAGUGGUGCACAUUCCUUCUCAUUGAAACUUGAUGCUCUUUCUAUCAACCAGCAGUUUGACAGUAUGAUGGAGGACACAUGGGAGAUCAGUUUUCACAGCCAAGAGCAGACUUACUCCAAGCUACUGGUGUGCCACAUCUCUCAUAAACCCUUCAUCAGUAUCUCCUCGACUACAGAAGAUUUCGAUGGCUUGCAGCAAGAUGAAUUAAAGGAAGAAGAUGAAGACGAUGGUGAAGAUAAGUACUACUGUACCUUCAUCUCCACUGUUGCUGAUAAACUUCUAAAGUAGUGAGCAUUGUCACAGUUGCCAGUGGUGUGUUAAUACAGAUUACUUAUGUUGCUUAUAUAAGGUGGAGGUAAUUUCUUUAUAUUCUUAAAUGCACUUAUAUUUUGAAUUAUAA